AUGUUGUCCAUGAACUGUAUGCUCAACGGGGUCAAGGUUCGGACCCUACGUUGGGUUGAGGAUUUUCUUCGAGGGCGGUCCGUAUACAUGAAGACAGAAGAUGGAGACAGCGACAGAUACGACCUCCCGAGUGGAGUGCCACAAGGCAGCGUUCUCAGUCCGUUGCUUUUCAAUGUGGUUAUGGCGGACCUUCCACAGCACCUGCACAAAAAUAUACACAUCGGUAUGUACGCCGAUGCCAUCUGCCUAUGGACAUCGGGCGUACAGUUACCAGCGCUGCAACGGCGGCUUCAAGAUGCCCUCGACUGUACGCUAGCAUUCUUAACACAGAGGGGAAUGGACAUAUCUCCCGAAAAGACGGUCUUCCUACCCUUCACACGGAAAAAGAUGAACAACUUCCAAUUGCAGCUCUCGACACAGCCAGUCCAACGGGUUUCACAUCAUCGCUUUCUGGGAGUUAUAAUCGACGCAGCCGACACUCGGAUUAACAUACUACGGCAUCUCACGGGGCCCCGGUGGGGAAUGUCAACGUCGUCACUACUCACUGUGCACAGAGCCCUCAUCCAGCAAAUGGCAGCGUAUCACCUUCCAGUUCUGAACAACAUUUGCGCUACGUCGGAGAACAUCCUGCAAGGCGUCUUAGCAAGGAGUUUGAAGGUCUGCCUUGGGGUACCCAGUGCCACCUCUAACACACUGACCGUAGCAGAGGCCAAAGAACCUCCAUUCGAGGCACUAAGGGUGUGUGAAACCGUUCUGCAUUACCUUCGCCUGUGCACUCAGCAUGAUCACCAUCCCCUGGUGCGGAAGCUGCUUCGCCGAAACUCUUCUUUCUUAAAAGCACUCUCUCCAUAUCGACGUACAUUGCCAACAGCACGGCCGCAACAAGCGGAUCCACACCCUCCAUCGACGCUACAGACACCUUCUAUCUGUACCACCGUGCCCGGGAUCAACCAGGGAAAGUCAAGCCUCCCGCCUUUGGCCAUGAGACAGCACUGCCUCGAAUUGAUGGAAAGGCACAAAGGUCGUGUAGCCAUCUUCACCGACGGGUCCACGACUCUAUCCGGGUCUGCCUCCGCAUUUGUAAUACCAGAGCACAAGAGGGAAGGCAUAGCACGAUUGUCUCACAGGACCUCAUCGACGACAGCGGAGCUGGUAGUCGUACAGCUAGCCAUGACUUACCUUGCCACGCUCGAGCUGCCUGCGCAAUGGCUAAUGUACUGCGACUCCAAAGCCGGCCUUGAAGCUACCUCAUCGUUCUUGGGAAAAGGCCGUACGGCGUCAACAGUACGAGACCUCCUGUUAUGGUAUCGCAAGUGUACAGACAUCGGUCACGACGUCGUUCUUCAGUGGAUACCUGGCCAUAUUGGCAUAAGUGGAAACGAGAAGGCGGACAAAAUGGCGAACAUCGCACACCUGUCAUCGACAGAACAUCUAGUCGCGUUUUCUAAGCAAGACAUCAAAUCUCUCCUAAAAUCUAUGACUGAUGACAUCCGCAGGACAUAA